AUGCCGCUCUUCCAGCGGGAGAGCUCCACGACCUCGAAGCGGGGCAUCGCCGCGAGCAAGAGCGAGCUCCUCGCGCGGCUCGCCGAGUUCUCGGCCGUCGACGACAGCGCCUACCUCAGUGAGGAGGGCUUCGUCGAGGCGCGGCGCGCCGCCGUGCGGCAGCAGCGGCGGCUCGUGCGGCGGAGCGACGAGGGCAGCGGCUUCCUCUGCGCGCCGUCGACGCGCAAGAGCUCGCAGCGGCACCGCGUCUGGCAGCCCGACGACGUCCGCGCUCCCUGGAUCGAGUACGACAAAGUCUGCGCGGAAGGCGCGAGGACGCUCGAGCGGCCCCGGAGCGCCGUGCGGGGCGGCGCGGGCGUCACGGAGCGCUUCGCGGGCCUCGGUGGCGCGCGCGCGGCGCCGCGGCCGGGCAGCGCCGCGGCGCUGCGCCGCGCGUCGCCGCCGCCGCGCCCGGAGUCCGCGCCGCUCGGCCCGCGGGGCGACGCGGCGCGGCCCGGGUCCGCGCCCCACUGGGGCCGGCGGAGCGCGGCCCAGGAAUCGACGGCCUCGGGCGCGAGCCCCGAGGUCCUGCGCCGGCGGCCGGGGAGCGCGCCGCCGGGCGCGCGGCGGCCGCCCGAGCCGGAGGACCCGGACGACCCGUCGCGCGCGUCCUUGGAAGACACGCACGCGCUCUACGAGCCCACGGUGCUCGUCUCCGAGGCGGAGCCGCCGCGGGCGCGGCCGGGCAGCGCGCCGCCCGGGAGCCGCAAGCCGCCCAUGUUCUCCAGCGACGAGCUCUUCGCGUCGACCAGGGCAGCAAAAGAGAGCGAAAUUCCCAACUUCAAAGGCUCCGAUCUCGGCCAUGCGUCCACGGCGCUCCUCACGGAUUACAAGGCGUCGGCCGCCGCGCCCGCGACGAAGCCGCGGCGCUUCGCGCGCGUGGACCCCAACGUGCCGGCGACGCGGCGGUCCCUGCUGACGCGCCAGCUCAGCGCGUCGACGCUGCCGCGGCCCGUCGCCGCGGACGUCAUCCUCGACGACGUGCCCGACGCCGUCGACGACUGGGACGUCGACGUCGACGUCGCCGCGGCGCUGCGCCCGGGCAAGCGCGUCGUCACGGCCUGGACGGCGAGCUUCCGGAGCGGCUACGCCCACGGCUUCGAGUCGCUGGCCGUCUACGCGGAGGCGACGCUGGGCGAGGCCGAGUGCCGGAC